CGACUCCUGUGGUGACGCCUUCACCUCGCGACUCCCCACGCAUGGCCAGUGGCCACACCGAAGUAACGGCGGCCCAGUGAUCGACUCUUCUGUGGUGACGUCAUCACUCCGCGACUCCCCACGCAUGGCCAGUGGCCACACCGAAGUAACGGCGGCCCAAUACGAACCUCAGUAAGGCUUCCAUCUCCGUCGUUAACGAUGUGCGACAGCGACGACAUGCCGACGCUGUCUGCUCACACUCUGGCGGCUCUGCUGGACUUUUACGAGGAGAGCCGAGGCGAGAACACCGGGGACACCUCCAAACGCGCGGACCACUUUGCCCUGGGAGCUGUAGGCGAGGACUGGAGAAUGAGUCAAUUCUGGUACACUGACGACACCGCAACCCGGUUGGCUGAGGAGCUUCUACACCAAGCUGGAGAAGGAGGAAGGAUCGCAUGCGUGAGCGCACCCAGCGUUUACCAGAAGCUCAAGCAGCUGUCCGGCCUUGUCGGCGGAGGUUCCGUGUCGGUGGCGCUCUUGGAGUACGACCGUCGCUUCGCCAUCUACGGCGACGAUUUCGUCUUCUACGACUACAACGAGCCGCUGGCGCUGGCGGAGCGCGGCGUGGGGCCCGGCAGCUUUGACGUGGUCCUGGCCGACCCGCCCUACCUCUCCGAGGAGUGUCUCACCAAAGUGGCCCAGACCGUCAAGUACCUCAGCAAAGGAAAAGUGCUGCUGUGCACAGGCGUCGUCAUGGAGAAUGUAGCCAAGGAUCUUCUGGACGUCCAAGUGUGUCGUCACUUCCUGCCUCAGCACGAGCGCAAUUUGUCCAACGACUUCCGAUGUUUCGUCAACUACCCGUCGCCGCUGCUCUCCUGUUGAUUGGCCGAAAGGGGGUGAAGGAGUCAGAGCCAUCCAGAACAUCCAGGUUGCUGAUUGGACAAUGAGUGAUACAUUUGAGAUGCUAGCAAAGGAAGGCAAUCUUGACAAAAAAAUUAACAUUAUUACAGAUGUACCACACAAUAUGUACUUGUGUAUACUGUAUGUACCAUCAUUUGUACCGCAGUGCAUACUCCACAUCUACAGCGAGAUGUACUGUAUGUACUAUGUGUGUUAAGUGUAUGAACCACCAUGUUUUUUUAUAGCAUAUUUACUACAGUUUUUGUACCACUAUGUACUAGAGUGUAUGUACUUCAACUAAUGUACAGCCCCGACCCCUACAAAAGUAUUGGAAGAGCAAGGUCAAUUCCUUUGUUUUUGUUGUAUACUGAAGACAUUUGGGUUUCACAUGAAAGGAUGAAUAUCAGACAAAAGUUCA